AUGCUUGAGAAAGCAGAGCCCACUGUGGCCCCCCACGCCUCCUGCAGCCCCGACUCCAGGCCCACUGUGGCCCACGCCUGCCUGCAGCCCCGACUCCAGGCCCACUGUGGCCCACGCCUGCCUGCAGCCCCGACUCCAGGCCCACUGUGGCCCACGCCUGCCUGCAGCCCCGACUCCAGGCCCACUGUGGCCCCCCACGCCUGCCUGCAGCCCCGACUCCAGGCCCACUGUGGCCCCCCACGCCUCCUGCAGCCCCCACUCCAGGCCCACUGUGGCCCCCCACGCCUGCCUGCAGCCCCGACUCCAGGCCCACUGUGGCCCCCCACGCCUCCUGCAGCCCCCACUCCAGGCCCACUGUGGCCCCCCACGCCUGCCUGCAGCCCCGACUCCAGGCCCACUGUGGCCCCCCACGCCUCCUGCAGCCCCGACUCCAGGCCCACUGUGGCCCACGCCUGCCUGCAGCCCCGACUCCAGGCCCACUGUGGCCCCCCACGCCUCCUGCAGCCCCCACUCCAGGCCCACUGUGGCCCCCCACGCCUGCCUGCAGCCCCGACUCCAGGCCCACUGUGGCCCCCCACGCCUCCUGCAGCCCCCACUCCAGGCCCACUGUGGCCCCCCACGCCUGCCUGCAGCCCCGACUCCAGGCCCACUGUGGCCCCCCACGCCUCCUGCAGCCCCCACUCCAGGCCCACUGUGGCCCCCCACGCCUGCCUGCAGCCCCGACUCCAGGCCCACUGUGGCCCACGCCUGCCUGCAGCCCCGACUCCAGGCCCACUGUGGCCCAUGCCUGCCUUGGUUUGA